AUGGAGAAAGAAGAAGGAGAUCCCUUUGUCGGGAGUGUUCAUUGCACUUUCCAGACCCCGCAUUCGAAGGUCAACACGUAUUGCUACGGUAUUACACCCCCGCCACCGGCCAUACCUGAACCAAUGUUUUAUCUCAUGCAUUGCUCGAAUCCCAUGAAAAAAGCCAGAACAUGCCCUGUAUGCUGGUUGCAUUUUGACAACUUAUCCCGAUGUGCCGGUCACAUUUCAAGCAGACAUCCGGCCGCAACCUUCCCAUCUGCAAUUCAUCCAAUCAGCAUCGAUGUGAUCCGCCAAUGGGGACAACUAGCCGAAACUGUCUAUCCGGGAUAUCUGCGUGAGGUAUGUUUAACAAGGAAAGCUCUCGAAGUGUCCUCUUUCAAACGACUCAAGAAUUUGUCACCUGAUACUAUCUACUCAGUACAUUCCUAG